ACAAUUGGCUUCAUCUUCAUGAUUGCUCAAACAGCUUUAGCUUUUACCAACACGUUUUACACCCUGAUGAUAGUCUCGGCCAUUUCAGAGUUUUCAAUGGGACUCUUGGAUACUGGUUGCAACGUGGCCACACUAAAUCUAAUGAAGCCUUUGGAACGUGGAACUUAUUUUACAGCCCUCUACUUUGCAUUUGGUCUGGGAAACGUAUUUGGACCAGCCUUGGCCGAAAGUGUACUCCAAAAUGAUCCAAUAACGCCUCAAGUCCCGAGUGAUGGGUCUCUCUCGCCAAAAGAGUUGUGUUUUAAUGAUCUUCAAGUUUUGCACUCGUUCGUCGGCGGACUCGUUAUGACCAGUGUUUUGGCCUUUACAGCCUUCACGAUUUACGACCUUGCUCGAGGCUCUCACGCUGAUACUUUCAAGGCCAUGCCUGAAAUUGGAAGCCAUUUACCACGAAAAGGCUGCCAUGUUGGUGUGGUCACUUUUCUCAUGUCGAUCCUCUUCUGUUGUGUGAACGGGAUCAACUUUUCAUUUAGCAAUUUUCUAACAGUUUUUGUCAUGCGAUCCCUUGGAAUGAGCAAAUCUCGAGGAUCGAAGGCUACCACGAUUUAUUUUUUAGCCUCAGUAUUCACCAAAAUGGCAACUAUUAUUGGAGUUACCUACGUUAGCCCGAUCUAUCUUUUAUGUGGGAGUGUUCUACUAUUGCUAACUAGCGCAUUUAUUUUCUUCUGUACUAAUGGAACAACUACUCUCUUCGUUUGUGUCAUACUAGUUGGGAUCUCUGUGAGCUCUAUUUUUUCGCCAGGAUUGCUUUGGUUGAAUCAAAAUAUGCACAUUUCCAGCAAGAAGACUUCCAUCUUUUUGAUAACGUCAAGUAUCGGAGCCCAGGCUUUUAAAAUUCCAAUUGCAGGCAGCAUUGAGUUGGAACCUGAUAUUUUGUCUUAUUACGUUCUGAGUGGUUCAAUAGUGGUAUCCAUUACUUUUGGAUUUUCAUUUCUAAUGCUCAAAGAAUAUCAUAUUCGCAGACGAGCUUUGCCGGAUCCUCGUAAAAGGUUACAUGGUAUUUCCCAUGUGUAGUCAAGUAUUCCAGAUGAACAGAUUGGUAAAAGUGUGUUUAAUCAUUUUGUUUUUUUGGGCUGCCAUUAUUUGUAAAUUGCUUAGUAUGAAUUAGUCAAACUAUUCGACUUCAAAUUCUUUUUGAUCCUUCAAUUGAAAAAAAAAUAAAU